AUGGCCGAGAAGUUCUCCCGCUUCAGGGACGCCGGUACGGGCAUUCAGGUCUUCCUCAACCCUGUGCCCCCGGCGAGCUCGGCGUCGUCCUUCUCUUACGUCCUCCUCCCAUUCAGCCUGGUGUUUGGAGCGCUGCGGUCGCUCCUCAUCGCCCUCUUCGCUGGCAUAUGGGCUCUGGCGAACCUGGGAGCCCCGCUCGGCCGCGGUAACGCCUUUUUCGCGCGGGCCAUUCUGGCAUUGUUCGGCUUCUACAGCAUCAGAGAGGAGAAGAUAUCUCUACGCAGCCGCGGGCGAGCCACGUCUGCAUCCUCCUCGAUCGUCUUCGCACCGGGCAAGGGGGACAUCAUCGUCGCCAACUCGACGUCUUGGACCGAUCUGCUCUACCUCGCAGCCCGCUUCGCGCCCGUCUUCGUGCUGCCCAUCGUCUCGGCGUCGAGCCGGCCGCCGAGCGGCGCCAGCUCGUCGGCCACGUCGACGCCUGGCGGUGCGACGACGCCCCGCCGAGGCACGCCCAAGAAGAAUGCCAUGUCGGCCAAUACGCGCAUCGAGACGCCCGGCGCCGAGCAGGCCACGACCGAGAUCCGCGACGUCAAGGGCUUCCGCAGGGCCGGGCUGUGGGAGAUGAUCCGCAGGACCGGUUACACCCCGCUCGUUGAGGGGUCAAAGGAUGCCGGCACGCCGCUGAGGCUGGACCAAAUCGCCGAGAGCGCAGAGGCGCCCGUCGUCGUCUUCCCCGAGCUGGUCACGUCCAACAACCGGGGUUUGCUGCGCUUCUCGACGGUGUUCCCCGCGUCCUGGCGGCUCGUCUAUCGCCGAUCCGGAGCGCUCCAGAUCGGCGCGGGCCAGUCGAACCUGUAUCUCCUUUCAUUCAAGCACGACCCGCCCUCCAACCUGCUCUCAACGACAACCCUCUCGGUGCCCACCCACCUCGGCCCUGCUUCCUCUGGCUCCGCCGACGAGACGGGCUGGAACCCGCUCCGGCACAUGUGGUCGCUCGUCUGCACGCUGCCGGUGCCGCGCGCACUGACGGUGCGCCUCCUCGACCCUUCCGAAUCGCCCACGGGCCGCCAGUACGUGGCCGAUCCGGCCAGCGUCAAUGUCGACGUCCUCGAUCCGCUCGCGGAUGCUUGUGCCGGCCUCGUGGCAAACCUAUCUCGCCUGAGGAGGACAAACUUGGGCUGGGAAGACAAGGAGGCUUUCCUCGCCCUCAUGCGCUCGAGGCGGUGA